AGUCUUUUCUCCUGAAUCAGAAAAUCAAUGAGAAUGAAAUUCUUCUCGAUUUAUUUCUUCCUGUUGGUUUGUAAUUGUGUUAACAGUGCUCAUGUAGUGAAGUUGAUUUCCCCAAAAGACAUUCAACAAACACAACUUAAAAUCGAGAAGACAGGAAGAAUUGUUGCAGGUAAUCAUGCAAUUGUGCUAGAAUUUCCAUAUCAAGUUUCAAUUCGUGCUGUCAAUGGUUCAAAUGGAUCGUUCUGUGGUGGAAGUAUCAUCUCAUCUCGUUACGUUCUCACAGCUGCACAUUGCACAAAAGGAUUCAAAAGCUUUGAAUUAGGAUUCGGAUCAAGCUUAUUGGAGCGUCCACUGACGACGAUGACUUCAAGGGACAGUAUUGAACAUCCACAAUUCGAGUCUGUGUCUCUUCGAAACGAUAUCGCGUUAAUUAAACUUCCAUUACUCGUCCGAUACACUAAAAAAAUAUCACCAAUUCAACUUCCAAAGAGGUCUCAAGUUUCAGAAAGUUACAUUAAUCAGAAAGCAGUUGUGUCUGGAUUCGGAAGAUUUUCUGAUGAAUCGGCUCAGCUUUCUAAAAGCUUAAGCUUCGCUGACUUACGUGUCAUUGGAAAUAGAGAAUGUGCAGGCAUUUUCAGUUCGAAAAUUGUGACCAACAACGUUCUUUGUGCAAGAAGUUUUAGUGACAGUAACGAGAAUGCAUGCAUGGGUGAUUCUGGUGGCCCACUUGCAAUGAAAGACGAAGACGGAAUUUUAACUCAGAUCGGAAUUGUCUCGUUUGUAAGCAGUCGUGGUUGUUUAUAUGGCGAUCCAUCUGGUUACACACGAGUAGGAAAAUAUUUGGAUUGGAUAUCAGAGAUCACUGGCAUUCCACUUAGAAAAUGAAGUUUCGUGAUGUGAUUCAAAUUAAAAAUAAAAGAUUCAAAAUAUAUUUUAGACAAA